UGACUUCUUCCGUAAAAAGUACUAAUUGUCACAACCCUAGUAGCGAACGAGAGAGUCCAUUGAGCGUUUUUUUCUAUAUUUUUCGUAAGUCGUAACGAUUCUUUGAUAAAUAAAGUCGUAAAUAUCCUUGAUUUUCAGAGUUGAAUGAAUUUUAAAAGGAUUUUAGUGAAAAACACAAGUGUUCGUAAGCGGCGAUGGUUUUUCUUUGUUUAGAAAAAAAUUAAAGUAGCGCGGUGGCGGGUUGUGAGCACGGCGCGGGUGGCGCAGGGUCGGGGGGCGGCCGACCGGCGGCAGACACUAUUCGCCGCGUCAAAGUGAAGAUGUCAUCUGUGUCUGCGCAAGGUGUGGUGGAGCGCGCCUCUGCGGAACUGUCGCGCCGCAUUACGGGCCUGGGCCUGCGCGGCCGCAAGCGCUCGCCCGGCGUGGUGGAGCGCGUGGCCAACGCCUUGUGCGGGCCCGCUACCGCCGCCGCCGCUGCACCACGCGUGCCGCGCCGCCGCCGACCAUCGCCCAGGCCGCUAACAUGGAACCAAUUUGUACUCGAAGAAAGAUUUUUGGAAAAGUUUUUUCUAUAUUUUAACGCAAAUGAUAGAAGAUCGUUAGCGCAAGUCUGUACCAGAUGGCGGGAUAUACUUUACUCAUCCCCUCGAUGGUGGUCAGGCCUUGUUGCUGUUCUUGAUUGUAGAGAACUUCGUUCAGCUACAGGUUGCUGCAUGCAAAGAUUUUACAAUUCUCUUAUCAGAAGAGGAAUCCGAGGGGUCGUAUUAGUUUCAGCAUCUGAUGAUGACAUCAAUGAAUUUAUAAGACAGUUUCCUUUGUCAGCACAUCAUGUGCAUGCCAUUGGUUUAAAAGGAUGUACAAUUACUGACAGAGGCUUAGAAGCAAUUUUGGACCAUUUGCAGGUUUUAUUUGAGCUAGAACUAACCGGAUGCAAUGAAAUAACCGAGGCUGGUUUGUGGGCAUGCCUAACUCCACGAAUUGUCUCCCUCACGCUUACUGAUUGCAUUAACAUUGCUGAUGAAGCUGUCGGGGCCGUUGCACAACUGUUGCCUUCUCUGUACGAGUUUUCCUUACAAGCCUACCACGUGACUGAUGCCGCCCUGGGGUACUUCUCGCCGAAACAAAGUGCUUCUCUCAGCGUGUUGCGUCUGCAUAGCUGUUGGGAACUGACCAACCAUGGCGUCGUUAACAUCGUGCACUCGCUGCCGAACUUGACAGUGUUGUCUCUGAGCGGCUGCAGCAAGGUGACGGACGAGGGCGUGGAGCUGCUAGCAGAGAACCUGCCGCGCCUGCGCAGCCUCGACCUCAGCUGGUGCCCACGAGUCACCGACAACGCGCUCGAAUACAUUGCUUGCGAUCUCAAUCACCUUGAGGAACUUACUCUUGACCGAUGUGUACACAUAACGGAUAUUGGAGUAGGGUACAUCAGCACGAUGCAAUCACUCGUGGCAUUGUUUCUGCGCUGGUGUUCUCAAGUUCGCGAUUUUGGAGUACAACAUCUAUGCGGCAUGCGUUCACUACAACUUUUAUCUUUGGCUGGAUGUCCAUUACUAACGUCGGGAGGCUUGUCGAGUCUCAUACAACUGCGACAGCUGCGCGAACUGGAGCUCACGAACUGUCCCGGCGCAUCGCCGGAACUCUUCGACUACCUUCAUGAACACUUACCAAGAUGCCUGAUCAUAGAGUAAGGUACAAAACUAGUACUGUAUUUAUACACUGCAUUUAUAUAUACGCUGUGACAAAAACACAUUGCAUUGCAUUGGUUUUUCGCACCUUUCGAAAGUUGGUUAAUCUACAGAAGAAGAAUUAGACCCUACAACCAUUGUAAAAAAAUGAAUGCUUAUUCUUUGUACAUGUUCUUAACCAUUGAAAGUUAAUGGAUUUACAUUACAAGUUAUCUAUGUAACCUCACACCCUAUUUAUGUGAUGUAGUGUGUUUUUGUUGCUAGCCUAUUUCACAGCUGAAGCAUUAUUCAUGAGACCUGUUGUCAGUCAGUGCAAAGUUUGCUUCAUACCCAAGUUAGGCAACAAAUAAAUGAGAUUUAGUCGUAAGUAAUAUCCCCCCACCUAUCAUACACAUUCUUAGUGUUAUGUCUUAAAACUUUGCUUGAAUAGAUCACAUACUGUUCCUAGUUUAUAAUAUGUACCUCUUAAAAUUAUCCCAAAAAUGACCACUACUCACUACUUCCUUGGUACUUGCUUUUAAACCUCCAUUUCUCUUAAUAUUUUGUGUUAUAUAGUAUUACGGUACAAUUCUAUUUCCUAUGUUUGCUCAAAAUGCAUGAUGUCAUGUCUGGUUUGGUUCUGAUUAACUAUUUAUUGUUCGUGUUAAGAACGGUAAAAUAAAAGGUGCAAUUUGUAAACUACAAUUGAUGAUGUUAUCAUAAAUUGUAGUGAUAAAAUGUCAUCUAUUCGUCGACUGCAAUAUUUUCUAAGUUGUAUAUUGCUGUCUAUCAUACCAGCAUGGCAUUAAAAGCGAGUUGUAUGAGUGUGGAAAAAAUAACAUACAUGUUGUAGUUUUUUUGUGUGAAAUACAAGUUAGUGUGUUUCGGGUAACACUGAACUAAUUAUCAACCCUAUCUUUUUAUUUGGUAGUCAUAUAUAAAUGCAGAUUAAAAGGGUGUUAUACCUAAUAAGGUAUGAAUAAUAUAUGAAGAGUAAGAAUAAAGUGUUUAUUAGAUAAUUGUGUGAUUUUACGUAUAGCAUAAUUCAUUUGAAAUCAAAUCGUACGAUUUGAUUAUGUCCAUUAGUUAAAUAUAAAUAAUAGAUUGCUACAAUAAUGAUAACAUUUUGAAAUUCCUUUUUAAUAAUAAUGUGUUAUCAAAUAUUGAUAAAAAUAUGUACAUAAAUAAUGUAUAUUGUACUCAUAUACAAAAGCUAUUCUGGUAAAGACAUGAUAUUCAUAUUAAAUCUGUAAAUAUAACACUUACAAGUUGAAUCUGCCAUCUGUUGUAUGUAUUAUAGAUCAGACUUACAUAAUUACAAACUGAAAAGCAGUACCAUUUUAACAUUAAUAGAAACUGUGUAUUUGAAUCCCUGCCCCCUUGUACUAUUAGUAAUAAAUAUGAAUAUUAACAAUUACAUACGUAACCUUGAAUCGUAAAUUUGUCACAGUGGUGUUUGUAGUUGUAAAUAUUCACACAUGUGCUAGGCACAGCUAGGGAACAUAAAGCACAUUAUUAAUAGUAUAUUACUAUGUAAUUUCCUUUAUACACAUAAACAAUACAAGUUUAAUUUUUAUUUAAUAAUGUUCGCCAUUUUAUCCUUAAUUUAUUAUGCUUCGGUCAUUCCAAGCAUUCGAAAAUCUGAAGCAAAACUGUUCAAUAAGAAUCCUGAUGUACAUAAUAUAUGUCUCAGAACCUCAACUUUCUUUUAAUCAGUCAUUUACCAUUGCCUAGUAAUAUAGGUAGCAUUUGUUCUUAUAAAUAAGUAUUUUUGUUAAACGACUGGCAAUUUGGCGGCUUAAUUUUCUCGCUAAAAUGACGAGUCUUAGAAACGCCCGACUAGUUAUAGGUUCAAAAGAAGCUGUGGUUUAUGCCAAUUUGCACAAAACUAGAAGGGCGAUAUGCUAUAUUUUUGCGUGACUGCAGUCGGUUAAGUCAUUUUUAUCAGAGAUUAUAUGUCACAAAAGAAAUUAACAAAAAAAACCUAAAAUACAGUUCAUAUGACUUUUUUUAUAUGAACUCGGUUGAUAUUAUUUUUAAGUAUUAUAUUUUUCUCAAUGCUCUAGUCAUUAUUUAUUUAUUUUCUUGUGCUAUUUAAGAUUUGUAGUUGGUAGGCUUUGUAUUUCAAAAUUUUAAUAAAUUUUAAUUUUGAGUAUAUUCGUGUAUUGAAACUUUAUCAGUUGUUUUAUUUUUUCCAAGUACAAAAUUGGAUUUAAUUCGAAUAUUAGUGUAAAAAAUAUUAAAUUAAAAUUUAAAGCAUUAGCCCGAUUGCGGUUGCUCAGAGUAACUAUUUUAGAAAUAUUAUUCACACUUAUUGUCACGAGCCGAGGUUAAAAGGAAAUCAAAGUUCAGUAGAUAUAAAUACACUGAAACGACUAUAUAUAAGAGGAACACUCGAUAAGGUCAUUAAGCGCACUUUAGUAGAUACUUAUCAAUGGCUUGCACGCGCAUGCUGUGGCUAGCGACCAGCUGUUUAUGUUUUUUUUUUCAUGUAUAGUUCUGGUAGUUAUAAAACUAUAUACCGAGGUCAAUUAAAAAGAAGAGCUGUUGCCCUAUAAUUGUAGAAAGAAUUUUCACCACUUGCCUUUGAAGAUCACCUUUUUUUGAAUUUGACGAUAUAUGAUGAUUUAGCAUGACAAAUUUGUCUUAGAAUAGGUUCAAUAUUGUGACGCAGCAUUUUUACUUAGAGACCCAUAAUUGUGAGUACAUAUUAUUGAACCGUUCACAAGCACCCAGUUUUGGUCUAAUCGGUUGUAUACAAUUUAUUAAGCUUUCGAACAAUUAAAACAUUUUAAAUCCUUAAGAGCUGUAGUAGAAUAUUAUUGAACUCACCUGUGUUAACACAAACAAUCAAUAUUAAGUUUGAAUUGUAAUCUUUUGAAGAUUUUUUUAACUAAGAAAGCAGUUAAAUUUUAGGGUUAUCGCGUCAAACUUUAAACAUAUACUUAUAUUUUAGACAGUUUAUUGUUCCGUUUAUGCAUCUUUCACCACUUGCGACCUUUGCACUUAAUAUUCUCCAAUUUUGAAAUGAAUGUUGAAAGUUAUUGUAAUACCGUCCGAAUAAAACAAUGUAUUUUUCUUGUACAAAAUAAGUGCAAAGGUUAUUUAUCAUAGAAGUAUUUAUGGUAUUGGCAAAAUUUAGAAACAGUCAGCAUAGCUAGAAUGGUUUGACUACUUCAAUAAAUUAAUAAUAAUAUAUUGAAUAUGCUAACUCUCUUCGUAUUUCAGCGCAACCGUUAUAAACGGGAAAAUGAAUAUUUUUCUGUACGCUAUAAAAUAGGUUUAAGUGUAAGAGAGUCAUAUUUUUUCAUAUAAUUGAUUCUGAUGUAAAUCCCACAUGAAUAUAGUACUCCUACGUCAGUGGUAACAUUGUCAUAUCCAUAGCGCCUUAUGUCAAUGUCUUAAAGUUGAAUUUAAAGUGCUUAUUGUUAAUUGAUACCAUUAACGUGCAGAACACCGUACUAAGAGAUGUAAACACAAAUUAAAAUAAAUCAAGUUCAAGCUAUUAUUAAUAUUCAGAAAGAUGUAUUUCUAUAUUUAAACGAUGCAUAAAUUCUUGACCUAAACCUUGUUUUAACCACGGAACAGACAUUGUAUUUCUUGGCGCUUUUGAAAUAGCAUCUUGCCAUAAGCAGCGUUUAAACUUAGCGUCCAAUUUGAAAGUAGGUUCCUAAUUUAUUUAUUUUGAUUUUAAAUUACAAAAGCUUAAACGCCUUUAAUAUAAACUUGCUUUAUAAAUAGUAUUUUACAUUUUAGAAGUAAAGAUUUCAUGUAAUAAUGCAGGAUGAUAGCGUUAUAGUUUCGAAACUAAAUCUAUACCUAUGCAAUGUAAUUAGAAACUUCUUAAAUAUAUCUUUAGUAAAAAUUUGAAAUUGAUCUCCAAUUUGAUUUAGAGUAUCGUUUAUGUAAACCUAGGCAGUUGAAGUAAUGUUCGAGCUCAAAAAUAUAGUUUUAUAAAAUUAGCACAUAAAAUGUAAUUCUUCAAGUGUGUAAUUACAGUUUCUGGCUUUCAAUCUGUAUAACUCUGACAGCUACAUACCCUCAAUGUUUUGAAAUAAUUUACUAAGAAGUCUACUUCCAUGACAAAAUGGAAUAUAUUGAAAACUAUUGGUAGGUAUAAGUAUACCUUUAGUUGUUAAAAGAUGCCUUUAUUACCAGAAAAAUUGUCAUUUGGAAAUGCCGAAUUGACUAUUUAUGUAAAAUUGUUUAAGAUGUGGCAGAAAAAAUGAUAAUUAAUUUGUUUAAACUGUUGUAAGUUUUUAUUAAAUAUCACUUAUUUAUGUACUUGUUUAUCUCUUUUAUAAUAUAAUAAAAUUAAUUUUAUUGACCUUAUGAAACUGUUCCUGUAUGGAAUUUCCGUCUACCAAGUGUAAUGUACAAUUUUUCGGUAUUAUAUAAUUAUUAAUUUGUAAUGGUUUUACCUAACAAAAAAAUACAUACUAAUAAUUUAAUUAUAUUCCUAACAACCACUUAAGUACCUAACUCCCAUGUCGAUUUGUGAAUGAGAAUCAUUUAAAUGUUUAUCUGUUUUACUGUUGUAAAUAAUAAGUAUAAUUAAUGUGUAAUGAAUAUAUUUAAAGUGUAAUUAUUAAAUUUAAUGUUGUUGAAAAGAUCUGACUUCUGCAUAAUGAAAUGGUUGUAAUUAAAUCAAUAAUACAUUACUUACAAGCAAUAGUUUAAAGCCUAUUUACCUGUAAAUUAAAUGUUUAAGAAGCAAUUGUGUAAUGUUGUCUCAAAUCUUGAUUUGAUAAUGUAAUAGAUAGUUUAAACAAUAGAUAAACAAGACGCAAUAAUAUUCUUACUUCGUGUGACUUAUAGGGACGAAUUAUUACUAGAUAACGUGAUUUAAAUAAUUGCACCGAACUCAUGUAUAAUAUUCUGAAUGUUAUAAAGAACAUAAUUUGCCGUGAUUAUUUCAGGUUUUUUCAAGAAUCUUUUCGCAACUAGGUAUGUUAAAGCUACGGUAUUACCAAACCCUUACUAUCAAAAUGUUACAAUCGUGGUAUCUAAUUGAAGAAGGGGUGGCAAGACAACCCAUUCGCCUUGUGUAUUAGUUUUAUACGUCAAAUGCACCCGCUAGAUACCUGAUUGCGUCACUGUGUAAUGUUUGUAUUUUAGUGUAAUCCAAUUUCAUAAAAAUGAUACACAAUUUGUACAAUACUCAGUGAGAUGUUAUAGUGCAAUAUAGAUGUACUGUUUUAAAACG